AUGAAUUUCUCAGAAAUUUUACGAAAUUUAUUAUUCCCACAUCUUCCUCCAACUUCUUCAAUUCAUAACAUUGAAGUACCAAUCUCUAACAACAAUAAUACUGAUCAUAUUAAUAACAAAUUAUGCUUAUUAUUAAGUCAUGGAAAUGCUGUACAUGAAUUAUUCUUCGUUGAGUGUAUUAAUCAAUUUUUACAAAACUAUACUGCUACAACAACAAUUCAUCAGUCUCCUUUUCCUGCUACCAUAAAUAUCGAUGAUAAUAACGCAGUUCCUGAUCAUCAGCACAGUACAGCCAAAUGUUUAAUUUUCUGUUUUCAUAAAUCAUGGAAUAUUUAUCAUAAAUUGUUAAAUCCUUUAUAUGCAAAUAAUAUAACAUUGAAAAAUAAUUUGACCAUAAUUGAUAUGACAGUUAUGCUAGAAAAUUUACUACUCAUGCCAAAUCCAAAUUCUGAAUUGAAUAAUAAUGAUAAAAGUUUAAUGACUGAUGAAAAUAUUGGAACUAUUAUUAAAAAUUAUAUCAAAGAAAAGACUGAUGAAUUUCUGAAGAAUAGUUACACAACUAAUCCCUCGAAUGGUAUGCAACAACAUAAUGUUGGGAUUUUCGUUGAUAAUAUAUCAGCUUUAUAUGAUCUAGGAGUUACUAUACGUGAAUUAGAACAAUUUUUAUGUAGUUGGCUUUAUCAUUCACAUGAUCCACAAACUGCCAUCAAUAUAACUAAUUUGUUAGUUUGUAUCGGACUACAUGUUGGAGAUUUUUUCCAAAAUUCAAUUGUAUCAGAAUACGAACCUGCAUUGGUACAUCUCGUUGCUCUAUGGAAAUCACGAGCUUCAAUUAUACUAGAAUGUAAACCAUUACUAACAGGUUAUACAUCAUUGGUAGAUGGUCAGUUAACUUGUUGGAAACGUUCAACGGAGGAUAAAAUUAGUCUUCAGGAUGUUACCACUUCGAGCACAUAUCAUUUUCAUGUUGAGGGUAAGCAUAUAAACUGUUAUACUCCAGGAACUACGAAAUUAUUAACAUGAGUAUUUUAAAAUAUCUUGUAAAUAAGUAUUUUUAUGGCAAAAAGAAUAAAACACUCAAUCAUUAUUUGUUGUGACCUUUAAUUUUCUUGAAAUUGAGCCCACUAGACUAUUAAUGAGCCAUUCGUGUAUGCCAAUCAGAUUAAUGACUUUGAACAACGACUGGAAAUUCUAUUUCCUAUUGGUCCACACAAUGAUUAACUAGAAUACGAAGAUAACAAGCAGAUUUAUCGUAUUCUGUAUUCUCCUCACUUAGAAACUGACAGGAUUACGUAUAUUAAUUAGAUGACCACAAAGCACUGAGAAGUCACAGUUCUUGCAGUCAUAUGUGAUAUAAAACUGUGUGCUAGGUGGAUAAUUAACUAACAGUUAUUUAGGUGCGGUAAAACACAACACUCAGUGUAUAAAAUAAGAGCUCACAAUAAUGAUGUAGAAAAUAUAAUCAAAUAAAUAUUUAAUGAACAUAUAUAGUAACUGAUUGAUGGUGGCUAUCAGUAAAGUCCUCCUAUUCGGGACCUGUCAGCUGGAUGUACCUAUAUCGUAGAGUUGAUGUUUUUUUCAAAUAUUUUCCAUAAAAAAGGAUACUACAAUUCUCAUCAUAGUAACAUUAUAGUAGGCAGUGUUAACCAUUUAAAAUCUGCGCUACUGGUUUUAAAUGAUCGAUAAACUAGUUUAAAAGAGCAUAUUUCCCCACAACCUUAAGCUGAUAGCGUACUUAUGAAUGAAAAAGCAUAGAACUUUCCAUCUAUUAUUUAGGCAGUCCGUUUUGUAAGAUUCUCCAGUGCGAAUUUCAAGUAUUCCAACGUAUCCAUCAGUUUACUUACAUUAAGCUUUUUGGACACUGAAACUUUCUUAAUAAAACUACCAAAGUCGGUUCGAUGGUUGAAACUACCCCAAUUCAGAUCGACUAUCACAUAAUUUUUUAUGUGUCUCAGUUCAUUAUGUAUGAGGGAAAAGGCAACCUAAAACUUGUACGUGAUAAAUGAAUUAGAGUAUGAAUCAUUUACAUAUAAUCACUUUCAUCUGCAUUAACUAAACGAAUGUAAUUUGUGUAAUUGAGUUUUAUGAUUAAAAACAACAAAAUCAUGUUUUAUAAACACAAAUUGAUUCUUAUAGUAGCACUCUUAGGUGGUUUUACUGUUCUUUACCAAUACUAUUAACAUGUUUACAUUCAAAUAAUUGGAAUGUACAGGUUGUACACAAUGAAUAGUCAUACUCCAGCUGUAAAGGUUAAAUUAUUACAUAUUUGCUUCGAGUGAAAUACUUCGAUUAUUUCACUGAUUCAUAUAUUCUUUGAUCGUAUUUUCAAUAAACUAAUCUCUCUUAUAACAACUAAUACUCUAACUGCCCUUAUUAACCUGAUAUUUGUUCUGACAAUUUCAUCUCAAUGUACUAAUGGGAUGUGGCAAAUUGUGAACCGAUAUACAUAUGUAACAAGUUUUAUGUAAUGUCUGACUGACUGAUAUAAUUAUUCGGGGAAACCAAGAAAGUCCUUUAAACACAGAUGUGACAUAAGAUUAUUUCCUUUAACAAAGUGGUUUAUUUGUUCAACAAAAAUACAGCGAUAUCAUCAAUUUUCGUUUCUUUACAAUCAAUAUACUGACUUGUUAAUACAAAAUGUGGGAAUCGGUCGUUUAUCUCUUCGUUAGUAGAUAAUUACAUCAUCAUCAGAAAUAUGCGUAAUUUAUACAAAAAAAUUAGUUUUUUUUUUCUAUAUUUCGGAAGAAAUUAUUAUGGUAUAAACAAAAGAUUGAGUCGUUGAAAUGAAAAAAAAAUUUACACAUGACGAA